CCAACAAGAACUCGGAAGAACAGGCAUUACUCAAACUUUAGAGAAUUGGACAAUUAUUCGAACCCGCUGCCCUUUCCCGAGUGCAUAACAGUAAGUUUUCUAGCUGAAAAUGUAUUCACAAUGCUGAAGGGCGCCGACGAUGGCGGAAACCGUCCCUUCCAUGUUCUGAUCCACGUACGUAUUAUUUCUGGGGCAUCAGCUUAUCGUACAGCAGCCAAAUACAAGAAGUUUGCGUCACCACCAGCAUGGCAACUACAGAAUCACAAUCCUACAACCCGGACAUUCCCUCGGACCCUGUUACCAAAACCACGGACACCAUCCAUGUCGAACUCACCCCGCACGACCUAGACUCCCUGUCAGCAACCAAAUUCGUCCGAUCCCCAUCAGCGGGUGCAACAGUCUUGUUCAUAGGCACAACGCGCGACUCUUUCAACAACGAGCCUGUUUCGUCUUUAGCCUACACUUCCUAUGCCCCUCUUGCCAUUUCAACUCUGUUCAAGAUCGCUACCUCUAUUCUCACAAAACACGCAUGCACCAAGGUUGCCAUCGUUCACAAGCUGGGCGAAUGCCCGAUUGGGGAAGAGAGUAUUGUUAUUGCGGUCUCAGCACCACAUCGACAGGCAGCUUGGAGAGCGGGUGAGGAGGCAUUGGAAGAGACGAAGGACAGGGCCGAGAUAUGGAAGCUAGAGAGGUUUGAAGGUGGGGAGGGAGUUUGGAGGGCGAAUAGGGAUGGGCAGAAAGGUGUAAAGGUAGAGGAUGGGGCGAAGUAGGGUGGAGAGAACGCCAAAGCAACGGAUCAUUUGCAAGACAGCUGUCGCAUUUGGAGGUUUGCUGAGCCCUCGAAACCUUGUACGUUGGUACUACUGCAGUGUGACAUACUGAACGGUAUAUGUCCAGUUCGUGGCAUGAGACCAGGUUUGGGAAUCAAUGUCGAGGCGAAGCAUUGUUUAGUGCCAAGGCUAUG